AAUAUGUAUUCGUCGUUUUUAAAGUAAACUAUUAGAUUCCGUUAUACACGAUAGAAAUCUGAACAGACUACGUGUAUAGCGGCGAGUACGUAGGAUUAUAACGAAUAAAACGGACUCCGUCACGUCACAAAAUUUUUUAAAAAGUGUAAUUAAAAUUUAGCAGAGGUUAUUUAAUCGUCGUGGCUAUUAAUAACGACAUUUUAAUCAAAAAUUAAAAAUCGUUGAAUAAAAAUAUAAAAAAACAAAUCUUAGAUUUAUAAAAGUAGAGGUCGCCUUAUAUGGUUGCCACGGCAACCGAACGGAUAAACGUUAAACAGAAGUUUAAUCGCCGACGAACGCUAAAUUAACUUCGAAUUCGAAUUAAUACCCGACAGAGUUAUAUUUGAAUGAGAUAUAACUUAAUGUCUUCAACGAUGUGUACUUGAGUAUUUCAUCUGAGAUUUACCAAUGGAUAACUUAUCAAGUGAUGAAAAUGCUGAAAGUGUAAAUUCUUGCCUGAAACCUUGUUCGAUUUGUGGCAGGACAUUUCGGCCCGAUGCUCUGGAACGUCACGAAGGAAUUUGUAAAAAGACAUCAUUAAAAAAAAGAAAGGUAUUUGAUUCUUCAAAACAAAGAGCUGAGGGGACAGAAAUAAAAUCAGUUCCUACUACCACUAACGUUAAGGUAAACAGCGACUCUACAACACUGUGUCAUAUAGAUUAUAUUGAAUGUCCAAGCUGUAAUAGGCACUUUAAUCAAAAAGCAGCAGAAAGACAUAUUUCCUGGUGUCAAUCACAGUCUAAUAUUCCAAAAAGUUCUGUUAGUAAAGAAGCAAAGGAAAGAUUACAAGCAAGAACUAAAUACAAAGCACCUCUUCCUGGAAAGAAAGGAACAGAUAAAUCAUCUUCCAAGAGUGCCUUUAGAAGAAAAACUGCAUCAAAUGAAGAGCAAGUAAUAUCAGAAAAUAUAGUUAAUAAAGCAAAAUCGAGGGAGGUAGAUUCGAAUCGUAAUUAUAUGAAAUCAGGAAAACAAACAGGAAGGGUUUCUAGUGAACGUUAUGACAUAAAGAGUCGUGAAAGUACGGGCAGUCAAAAUAGUAUUGGGUCACAAUCACAAGUUGUCAAAUUUAAGGACAAAUUUCCAAAUCGUAAUAUUAAGAAAUCUCCAGAAUCCGAUGAUGGGUAUUCCUCUUUGAGUCAUGUUUCGUCACAUUUGCAAGAUAUACUUCAUUCUAAAGGAAUUGAUAAUCGCUCUCCAAGAACUGUACCUGGAGUCAGAACAGGGGGAUUAGAUUCUACUGGAAAUUGGGGACAAAGUCAUAAUGGUGAUGUUAUAAAUGAAGAAGAAUAUGGCGUUCUCCAGAGGUUAGUUGAUCUAAAUAGUUCCAUUGCUUCAACAAAUGUAUAUGGAGAUUUAAACAACAGUUGGAAUAAAUUAAUGUUUCCGUCCAAUUCCAAUCUGCCCGAAGUCUCAAGUUGCGAUGGUCCUACUCAGGGAUGGCCCAGCAGAUCUUGUUGGGGUAGCAACAGCAAUACACCUCUCAGUUCCAGUAGUAGUAUCAGUUCAUUGAGCACCGGAACCUCCGGAAGCAGGGGUGGGUCCUCAGAAAACAUCCUGCCACUGUUCUGUUCACACUGCGGGAGCAAAUACCCAGUAGCUGCCGCAAAGUACUGUUGCGAAUGUGGCGCCAAGAGAAAAGGAUUUGGAAAUACAGCUUUAAAGAGUGAAUUAAUAGGAUGUUAAUGUUUGUACCCACUCCACAAGGACAAAAUAAUAUCGCUAAAAUGUACUAAAUGACUUGCAUUGAUUAGUGUUUAUAUAUAUUAUUGUGUUAUAUCAAUCACAAAAAGUUUAUGUAAUAAAUAUUGCUUCUCUGAU